AUGCCACACACAGGGCAGCGACCCCAGGCGAUAGUGACAUUCUUGACAUACAACGUCGGUCCGUCAAAUGACAGCUCAUCGCAUCCAGUGUUCCAACGACUUCCAGCACCACGUCCGCACCACGUCCGCACCACGACCGUCAGUCGCGACCGUGAUCACUGCGGCUGGUCAUUCUGUGAGCAAGAGCCUCUGGGUUUUAACUCGACAGCCCUUUUACGCCUAGCGGAUAUCCGCCUGAAUGCCAACCUUGGUCCCAACCGCCAACUCGUCACCCGUGAUCCGAUGCGCAUCGUUCAUGCGUUCACCAAUGGCAAAAUCCACGUAUCUAAGCGGUCCCCGCAUCUGGAUCGCGCCAUUUUGCAGUGUAUCCAUGCCCUCAGUGUGCCAGUGCGGGUGGGGAUCACGUUCGUAGCACGCAUUCAGACGCUGAACUGGAGUAUCCAGCACUCCCUCGGCUGUCACAGCUCGGAACUGUUUCCAUCGUACCUCCUCGUCCGAGAUCCGCUUUCCCCGGUGGAAAGAUUUGAAUGUUGCUCUUUCUCCUCUCUCAAUUGCUUACAAGAAGCGCAUGAAGUACUUGUAGAUGUCUCGAGACAAUGA